GGAAGGAAGUAAAUCGGGCAGAUAUCCUUUGAGGCUUUUUCACACCUCAAUAGGACUUAUCGAUCGGCACAUGAACGGACGAAAUCGGAUUCCGGCACCUGGGAAUGUUCCCUCGUUAGCCGAAGAUUUCCCAUUCAAUUCUCUACAAAAAAAAUGUAUUGACUAUUUUAUGAAAAAAUCCGAGAAUUUGUGUCAACAUAGAUAAAAAUAGUGCCAAAAAAUUUUGGAUCUUUUUUGUGCGUGAUUAUAAAAGAACUUUUUUUUAAGUUUUACUUGUUAGUGAUCUGACACUAUAGAGACUACUCAAAAUAAAAUAAAAGUUCAACCUGAAAGGAUGACAUUUGAGUAAAUUACAUUUCUUUUAGCGAAAAUCACAACAUUUACUGAUAAAAUACCCUCAUCUUUAGAAAAUUUAAAAAAAAACAAAAAAACAGAAUUAUUACACCUUCAAUUCUAACUAUAAAUUUUUUAAUUACAAUAGAAAGAUAGAGCUUUUUACUACCUACACGAUGGCUACUUCAGCUUCUUUCUCUCACAAAUGUUUAGCGAAUAAAAUAAAAAAAUUGAUUUUUUUUAAUGCCAUUUUGUUAAUUGGCACAAAUUCUCAUGUCAGUUUUCAUCUUUGUAUUUUGCAAUAUAUUUUUUUGUGGUAGAGAAUUGAAUAGGAAAUCUUCGGAUAAGAUAGUACGCUUGAUCAAAUCUAAGAAAGAGGAGAAAAAUUGAAAAUACUGACGAGGGAAAGACAUACAUACGUCAUUUCUCCAUAACUUGCCGUUUUUCAGUAAUCUUUUUUGUUCUUACUCUAUUUAUUUUCUUCUGUCAUUCUAGAAUCACAUCAUGUUGUUACAUUACGUGUAAAAUUAAUUCGUACGCUAAAAUUAGCAUUACGAUGUUCAAGUGAAUUGAAUAAAGCAGCUUUCGAUGUAUGGAAACAAUUUUUACGUCAUUUAGAUGGUGAAAUAUUAUGUUCAAUGGUUUUACAUAUAACAGCUGCUCUAUUACCGUUAUAUGAAACAGAUCCUGGACAAUUUCAAUCGUUGAUAAUGAUUAUGUUAAGUCAAUGUGAUAAAAUUCAAGGUAAUACUACAUCAUCAACAACAUCAGUACCAUCUGUUGAUACAAUAACAGAUUUAUUAUUAAUACCACAAAUUGAACAAUUUCCAAUAAUAAAAAAAAAAUUAGAAACAAUCAAACAAAAACAAUUAAAAACAAAUUCAACAACUAUUCGAACGGGAAAUAAUUUUGAAACACAACUUGAACGUUUAUUACACUUAUCAAAUUAUGAAAUAAGCGAUAUACGUUUAUGUUCCUUAACUCAUUUACAUUAUUUAUUGAAAACAAAUCGUUCUCUAUUAUUACGAAUGUGUUUAUCACAUGAUACCGUAUCUCCUAUAAUAGGUCGUCUAAUUUUGAUAUUAUUAGAACGUUGUAAUGAUAUUAAUUUGAAUGUACGUGUUUUGGCUAUUGAUUGUCUUGGUGAAUUGGGAGCCAUUGAUCCUGGACGAAUUGAAUUUCCAAAAACAAUUGAAACAACAUCAUCAUCAACAUCUUUAAUCAAUCGUUUAUUAUCAAGUAGACAACAACAGCAGGAACAACGAAAUCAUGGACAACAAACACCGACUACCAUUGAUGAACAAGCGAAACGUCAAUAUUUCAAUAUAAAAUCAUCUGAAUUUGCUCUUGAAUUAUUUAGUGAAUUAAUACGUGCUUAUUUAGCUGCCGAUGAUGUUCGACAACAAGAUACAAUAUCGUAUGCAUUACAAGAAACAUUAAAAUUAUACAAUUUAUCAUUGACAGAAACUGAAGCAAUUAUUACACAUGAACAAAAACAACAAGCAGAAAUAUUAUGGAAAAAAAUAACAAAAGAACAACAAGAUUUACUACAUCCAUUUCGAACAUCAAAAUAUCUUGUUGGAAAUAUUGAUGAUUUAUCUCACAUUAAUAAUCAACCAGUAUUGAAAUUAAAUAAUAUAAAAACAUACGAACAAUGGUUAACAUUAUGGACAUCACUACUCAUAUCAAAAUUAAAACCUGAUGGUUUCAAUUUAUUUCGUGCGUGUAGCUAUGCUGCACGUUUAAAUACAUCUGUAGCAUCAUUUUUAUUACCCUAUAUUGUUCUUCAUUUAAUUGCGGAUGAUAAUGCUAAUGCUCAUCAAGCUUUACACAAUGAAAUGCAAGCUGUUCUAACUUAUACAUCAUUAUCACAAUUUACACCUACUGUUCAUCAACAAGAUCAAUUUGAAACACCGUCAUCUAGUCUUAUUUAUCAAACAGCACAAACAAUGUUUACUAUUAUUGAUUUUUUAAUUAUGUUUUGUUCAUUAAAUGAAAAACCAGAACAACAUCAAUUAUCAACUGAACAGACUAGUCGAACAAAUAUAAUUCAAUCAAAAAAGUCUGUAGAACAGAUAAAUGGUUGUUUUACAUCUGUUGAAAUUGAAAAUGUUCGAAAUUAUGUUCGUUUUGUACCAAAUAUGGAUAUUGCUUAUUCAUCAUUCAAAUUUGAUGCUUAUACACGUUCAUUAAGACAUUUUGAAAUGUAUUGUAAUGAUAGUCAAACAAUAACAAAUAUAUCUCAACAUAGUGAAUUUUUAAUAAAAUUAUAUCAUCGUCUACAUGAUAUUGACUCGGCAAGUGGUCUAAUAACAAUUCGUGAUAUGGAUCCAAUUAAAAAUAAAACAACAACUUUAUAUGAAGAAAUAUUGUCAUAUGAAUUAACCGGAAAAAUAGAUGAAGCCAUUGUAGCCUAUGAAAAUGCAUUACAAAUUGAUGAACCAAAACAAAAUAAUAUUCAAUUGUAUAUUGGCUAUUUAAAUAAUUUGAUUACACAAUAUCAAUUACAGCAUACAAUUGAUCAAACAACUGGUAUUAUUGUACAACAUCCAGAAUGGAUAGAAUCAUUAAAUCCUUUAAGAAUUGAAGCAUCAUGGAAAUUAGGCAAAUGGGAUUUACUUGAACAAUUUUGUAUGAAUAAUGGAAACUCGACAAAUGAAACAACGGGCAAUGAUGAAGAAAAAACAAAUAUAUUACAAGAUUUAAAUGUAUCAAAACAAUUUGAAUCAAAUGUUGGACGAAUUAUUAAUGUUGCCAUUAAAUUAGAUUAUAAACAAUUUCAAAUGGAAACACGUCAAGCAUUAAACUCAUUAAUUGGACCAAUAUCAGCUGCCAGUAUGGAAAUAGGAGCAUAUGAAAGAGCAUAUGAUAGUUUAGCUA